UAUGUCACCAUUCACCUGUACAGUAGGCCUAAUUUGAAUUUGGAAUGGAUGAAAACCUGAAGUUGGUCAACACCUUACACAAGGCACCUCUGAGCAUGCGUAGUUACACAGUUUGAUCACUUCCUAUCUUGCUGCUGUCGGCUUCCUCCUCUCCCGGUCAAAAUUUUUGAUAUUUCAAACACAAACAGACUAGCUGUAUUUUUCUGAAUAUUCUCUUCACUGAUGAAGAAUGGCGGGUAGUUUUGGAAAGAUCAUCGUUGGCGUAUAUGUUGAAAUAAAGAGAAGCGAUGGACGAAUACACCAAGCCAUGGUCACAUCGUUGAAUGAAGACAAUGAGAGCGUCACCGUGGAGUGGAUAGAAAAUGGAGACACAAAAGGGAAAGAGAUUGACUUGGAGAGUAUAUUUGCACUAAACCCAGAUGUGGCCCCAGAAGAGGAGACUGCCCCCAGCCCAGAGACCCCGCCUCCACCAACGCCGACCUCUGUGAAGGUCAACAAGAUCCCCAAGAACCGACGAACAAUAGCACCCACCAAGAAUGACACUCCGUCCAGGGAUAACAGAGUGGUGUCGACCAGGGCCAGACCAGCUCAGCCCCAGCAACUAGAGCCUGCUCCCCCUCCCCCUGUCCAGCAGCCAGCCCAGCCCACCCAGGCCCAGACAGCCCAACAGUUAGCUAACGAAGCGUCAAUGCAUCAUCUGACAAGAAAGGAGUUUGGACAGCUUUCGAGGAGGAAGUCCAACUGUGUGAAGGAAGUGGAGAAACUGCAGGAGAAGAGGGAGAGACGACGGAUACAACAACAGGAGCUGAGAGAGAAGAAAGCACAGGAGGUGGACACCACCGUCCCGAACUAUGAGAUCCUGUAUAUGAUCAGAGACUUCCGUGCCAGCCUGGACUACCGGCCGCUGUCCACCGCAGACCUGAUUGAAGAGCACAGAAUAUGUGUUUGUGUGAGGAAACGUCCACUCAACAAGAAAGAACUGACCAUACGGGACCUGGAUGUGAUCACCAUCCCCAGUAAGGAUGUGGUGAUGGUCCAUGAGCCCAAACAGAAGGUGGACCUGACACGCUACCUGGAGAACCAGACCUUCCGCUUCGACUACGCUUUCGAUGACAGCACCACCAAUGAAAUGGUUUACAGGUUUACUGCCAGGCCCCUGGUGGAGACUAUCUUUGAGAGGGGCAUGGCCACGUGCUUCGCCUAUGGACAGACUGGUAGUGGCAAAACACAUACUAUGGGUGGAGAUUUUUCUGGAAAGAACCAGGAUUGUUCUAAAGGAAUUUACGCAUUAGCAGCUCGGGAUGUGUUUGUCAUGUUGAAGAAACCCUGCUACAGGAAGUUAGAACUUCAGGUGUACGCAACUUUCUUUGAAAUCUACAGUGGAAAGGUGUUUGACCUGCUGAACGGUAAGGCUAAGCUCCGGGUGUUGGAGGAUGGGAAGCAGCAGGUGCAGGUGGUGGGGCUGCAUGAGAGAGACGUCAAAUGCACAGAGGACGUCCUCAAACUCAUAGAAGUGGGCAACAGCUGCAGAACGUCAGGUCAGACUUCGGCCAACGCCCACUCGUCCCGUAGCCAUGCAGUGUUCCAGAUCAUUCUAAGGAGGAAGGGGAAAAUGCACGGCAAGUUCUCCCUGAUCGACCUGGCGGGGAAUGAGAGGGGUGCCGACACGUCCAGCGCUGACCGCCAGACACGCCUGGAGGGAGCCGAGAUCAACAAGAGCCUGCUGGCACUAAAGGAGUGCAUCAGGGCGCUGGGGCGGAACAAACCUCACACUCCGUUCAGGGCCAGCAAGCUCACCCAGGUCCUCCGAGACUCCUUCAUAGGGGAGAACUCCCGCACAUGCAUGAUAGCAACUAUCUCUCCUGGUAUGACGUCCUGUGAGAACACCCUCAACACGCUACGCUACGCUAACAGAGUAAAGGAGUUUGGGAUCAGUCCCUCAGACAUCCCCUUCUCCCAGGGCGGUGGAAGUCGCUCGGAGCUCUCGGAGCUCUCGCCCACCUAUGAGUAUGAUGACUUUGCUACCUCUCCCAGCAGAGUGAAGGAGCUGACGGUGGACACUAAUCAGGUGAUAGAGGGGGUCCGGCCCAACAUCCAUGUGGUGGACCAGCUGGAUGAUGACUGGGACCACCUGGGCAGCUCCCCCCAGAGAGAUGACCUCAAACUGCUCUGUGAGCAGAACCUGGAGGAGGUGUCCCCCCAGCUCUUAACCUUCCAUGAGGCUGUCUCUCAGAUGGUGGAGAUGGAGGAACAGGUGCUGGAGGACCACAGAGCUGUCUUCCAGGAGUCUAUCCGGUGGCUGGAGGAUGAGAAGGUUCUGCUGGAGAUGACUGAGGAAGUGGACUAUGAUGUGGACUCUUACGCCACUCAGCUGGAGCAGAUCCUGGAUCAGAAGAUUGACAUCCUCACGGAGCUCAGAGAUAAAGUCAAGUCGUUCCGCUCGUCACUCCAGGAAGAAGAACAAGCCAGUAAGCAGAUCAAUCCUAAGAGGCCGCGUGCCCUGCUGUAGACCAGGCCAGGGAGGGGUGUGUGGAGGGGCAGUAGCACAUACAGGAACAUAUACACUAGAUGCACUAUAUAUACAAAAGUAAUGACACCCCUUCAAAUUAGUGGAUUUGUGGACUUACUGAAGAGCUCAAUGACUUUUAAUGUGGCAUCGUCAUAGGAUGCCACCUUUUCCAACAAGUCAGUUUGU